GGAAUGAGCCAACAUUCUCCACAGCUCCAGCAGCCCUCUGCAGCAAUGAGGCCGGCUGGCCCGAGGCCCGGCCAGUGAGUGGGAAGCCCGGCAGUUUCCCUAGCGCGUCCUGCAGCCGUGAGAGAUGAAGGCCAACCCCGCGGGGCUCUGAUCUCCGGCGCGCCCAAGUCCCCCGCCGCGUGCCCCUCACCAUGACCGGCUCCGCCGCGGACACUCAUCGCUGCCCCCACCCCAAAAGCGCCAAAGGCACCCGGUCCCGGAGCAGCCACGCGCGGCCAGUAAGCCUCGCCACCAGUGGGGGCUCGGAGGAGGAGGACAAAGACGGCGGGGUGCUGUUCCACGUGAACAAGAGUGGCUUUCCGAUCGACAGCCACACCUGGGAGCGGAUGUGGCUGCAUGUCGCCAAGGUCCACCCCAAAGGGGGAGAGAUGGUGGGCGCCAUCAGAAAUGCUGCCUUCCUGGCAAAGCCUUCAAUUCCCCAGGUCCCAAACUACAGGCUGUCCAUGACGAUCCCAGACUGGCUCCAGGCCAUCCAGAAUUACAUGAAGACACUACAAUACAAUCACACAGGGACCCAGUUCUUUGAAAUCAGGAAAAUGAGACCUCUGAGCGGGUUAAUGGAAACGGCGAAAGAGAUGACCCGAGAAUCCUUGCCUAUCAAAUGCCUUGAGGCAGUCAUUCUGGGCAUAUAUUUAACCAAUGGGCAGCCUUCCAUCGAGCGGUUCCCCAUCAGCUUUAAAACCUAUUUCUCAGGAAACUACUUUCACCAUGUCGUGCUGGGGAUUUAUUGCAAUGGUUACUACGGCUCACUGGGCAUGAGCCGAAGGGCUGAGCUGAUGGACAAGCCGCUGACCUUCCGGACUCUGAGCGACCUUGUCUUUGACUUUGAAGACUCCUACAAGAAAUACCUGCACACGGUCAAGAAGGUCAAGAUUGGGCUGUACGUCCCCCAUGAGCCUCACAGCUUCCAGCCCAUUGAGUGGAAGCAGCUGGUCCUCAACGUCUCCAAAAUGCUGAGGGCCGACAUACGGAAGGAGCUGGAGAAGUAUGCCAGGGACAUGCGGAUGAAGAUCCUGAAACCUGCAAGUGCCCACUCUCCAACUCAAGUGAGAAGCCGGGGAAAAUCCCUGUCUCCCCGAAGGAGGCAAGCAAGUCCCCCAAGGAGGCUCGGCAGGCGAGACAAGUCGCCUGCUCUACCUGAGAAGGCAGCGGCUGACCUUGGCACCCUGAACGAAGUGGGCUAUCAGAUCCGGAUCUAGCCAGGCCAGGCUGGCAAGGCUUCUAUGGUGCUCUUUUCUGCACUUUACGCAGCAGCUUCGGGACCUGCGACUGUCCAUGAGGAACCUGUGCAACUUUGAUCUUGAAGGACUUCCCUGAGAACAGAAUCUGAGUGGAUGGACACGGUGAGCCUUGGCAAAUGCUGUGGGCAGCAGGCAUGACUGGGCUAAGUGAUGGACAGGCCCCUUGGUCGACUGUCUCCCUCAGGAUCUCAAGGACAACAUUGGAGUUUUCUAUUUUUCCAUUUGCCGACUGUUCCGCUUGCUUUGGACAUUAUGCCUCAGCUGUAGUCAACUUCUGGAGUUCUCUCCACUCUCUGUAACCCAGCCAGUGUUACCGUCUUCUCAGCAAUAACAAGCAAAGAUGGUGGGUUUUUAAGCAGUUGAUAUUACCUCAACAUUUUGGCACCAGAUAUGCAAUCUUAAUGAGUUUUUUAUAUUCUAUUUGUAUUGUUUUCCUAGUGUUUCUUAUAGGGAUCUGGAUGGUUUGGAGGGUUUGUUUUUUUUUCUGGUACACACAUGAGACAAGAUUUAAGGUGUCAUAUGCAAAUACUUUAGCAAAAAGCACUGCAAUUCUGGCAAUACGGGACAACACAUUAGGAUCUUGGAGUCACUUAGAACAUCUGCUGACAGCAGGCUUCCCUCUUUCAAAACAAGAAAGCCAGUCCAUGUCUGUUGCUAACAUUUAAGCUUUUCCAAAUCCAGCAAAAAGCACAAGAGGACACGCACUCACCAAAUCCAGCAAUCCCGAGAUGUCCUCAGGCAGAAAGGUGCUCAAAGGACAGACACUGGGGGUGCUAACCUUUCACUCACGCUUGGUCAGCCUUGGUUCUGAGGGUCUCGCCACUGUUAAUACACUCUUUGCUGUCCUACAUUAAGGAAAAUGUGAUGAUGAACUAUUCCCAUCAUCCACUUCAUGGCAUAAGGAGGUGCUGGGAAAACUGUGACCUCACGAAGCAGGCCUGUCUUAAAGGAAAAGGUCCAGCCCAGCACUGAGCUCAGGUCCUGAAGCAGAGCAAGCCUGCCUGUGGCCACUGCACUGCGACUUCUGAAGGCAUCUGGAGGCCAGCUUUAGGUCACAUGUGCAGCCACCAUGCAAAAAGCCCAGCUCAUCCCGAGAGCUCUCGGCAUAAGCUCCUCUGGCUGUGACUGACAGACCUGCUAACCGACCAUUCGCUGAGUCUUCAGCAGGAAAACCUAGGGCUACAAGGGAGGCAAGAGCCCUGGGCACAAGAACUCGCUCCACCCUCAAGCCAGUAUUGUUUUCUUGGAAAAGUUCAGUGUCCUCUAGAGACCAGAACCAGGAAACUAAAACAGUGUAAGCUUCAAAUUCUGAACUUAAUUGCUUUCUCCAAGAAUCCUGUUAGCAGAGUUCAAGACAAGUUACUGGGCCUGGGCGAGCACUGGGAGGUCCUGCUCUGACCUCGGGACCCAAGGAAGCACCACUGCCCUCCACAGGCCUCACACACUGUCCUGUCUCAGACUCAAGGCUGCCUGUAUCUGAGUGUCCUGAGGAGCCGGAGAGUGCUUUCACUUUUGCUCAGCUGUUUACCCCCCACCCCCCAAACUGCUCCAUGUGGUACCCAGACUGAUCAGAAUUCAGAGACUAGGCCAAGUGCCUGCAGCUGCCUUGUUCAAGGAUAGCUCACAAGAACAUCAGACAGCGGGACAACCUUAAUCCUUGGCAAGACAAAGAACAGCACCCAGCUGUCCCUGGGUGUGACACCCUGCCAUCUAAUCUUUUCCACAACCACUCUGAUUUUUAGAUUCAUUUUCCAAAGCAAGAUUAGUCACAGAAACAUUUAAAGUGCUCUUUGCCAUUCAAUUUUACUGACUGUAGUUACAUCAACUUCUAAAAACAGAAGACACGAAACACCUAAAUUUUAAUGCAACAGUUUAAUUAAAACGAACCCAGCGUGUUUUACCUCUCCUCAGCCUGGCUGUGGUUUCAGAAGGCAGAGAGGAAAAGUGUGAGGUAACUGGAGCAAGUUUAUCCUGUGGCAAGAUGUGCAGAGCUGAGCGACAAGCCUCAGGCUGACCCGCUGCUGAUUGUGAAAGGUGAUCCCGGGUGUUUUCCGUACACUGGCAUCUUGCGCAUAUCCCUUUCCUUGAGUCACCUAUUUCAUGGGGUAUCCUCAGCAGACAUGGGUAAGGGCCUUCGCAACCUUCAGCUUACUCUACAAGGUUUUAGUAUGCUGGACUUUAAUGUACAACCUUGUAUAGUUUUUUGACACACAACUGAGAUUCUUGUUUAUUCUUAGACCUUGUUAUAUUUCAGAAGAGCCGUGGCUGUCUGGGUAUUUUUCUAAGUGCACGGAGACUGACGGAAUCUAAGGAGCGCCAGGAGAGCAUGCUUCAGGCUUGCGUUUCUCUCAUCACGUGUGCGAUACAGCAUGGAACUGUAGUAAAAACCAUUCUGGAAA